AUGCUGCUCGUUCUCUCGCUCCUCUUGGUACCUGUGCUGGCUCAAAGGCCUAGCAAUGCCUCACUAUGCGACUAUUAUGCCAUACAAUUAUUCGGCGCGAAUACGACCAGUAGUCAGUUUAGUCUAGUGCAAAAUAUCGUCGCUCUCGCAUUUGCUGGGGGGUCGGGCGUCGCAAACGCAUCUUCAGCUCUUACUGGAAAUUUCAAUCCUGGAUCUUUCCUCAACCCAGUAACAUCGCAAGAUAUCAACGUCGAUUUAAGACCUUGGUUCAAUGGAAGUAUUGACUCUACGAACGUGAAUGGCGACCCUUCCACGGUCAACUGGCUUGAUGGAGGAGGACAGGCUCCAUUGACAGCAUAUCUUUCCGGGAAAACAUCGAGCAUUGUACUCGGAAACACUACAAAUGAAUAUCAAUUAUUCAAUCACUGGCUCUCAGCCUUUAGCCACAUCUUUGGCUGCACAAUUCCUCCUCCUUUACCACCAUCAACUGGGCCCAUCUUGAAUUUGGCUUACGUUCACAAGUUCAUGGACCUCAAUCAAACAGACAUCGGGUAUUUUAUCGACCAACUCGCGCUUUCAGCAGCACACUUUGGAUUUUCACAGCAGGACAGUAGCUCGCUGUCUACACAAUUGAAUGCCAAAUACAACGUCCGAUGCUCGCCGCCCGUUGGCACACAAUUAUAUAGCCUUUGUCAGGAUGAGACCUGCCCACUGGAUCCAAGUCCAGACUGUGCUGCGUACGUGGAUCUUGGUCCGAGUGGAGUAGUUUCUUCUGGGCCUGCACCAAGCUCUACAUCAGCACAAUUCACCCCCUCGACUGUCGCCACCCCAUCUGCAACACAUUCCCCUACCACGACAGCUACGUCCUCUCCGACUUCAACUCAGACUUCAGCCCCUCCAUCUUCAUCUACCCUUACUUCUGGAGCUAUUGCUGGUAUUGCGAUAGGUGGCGGAGCUUUGAUCUUCGCAUUCAUUCUGGCGCUUGUAUAUUUGCUUAAGAAGAAGAAUAAAGUUGAAGCUUCAGUCUACGAACCUAGUCCUUCAAAUCCGAGUUACAUCACCCCUGCACGUACGGACCCACAUUCGAGUUAUCAUUCAAACCAGAUAGUGCAAGGAUGGAAUGGACCACCAAUACCAGAGAUGGAAAGUCCCGGGAGCCCGGAUCCUUAUCAGCAUUUUAGUCCGUAG